GUGCCAGGCUGAACCAAGGUCCAGGGAUAUGUCUGAUAGACUGUUAAUUGGCUUCUUAUUCUUCCAUGCUUCCAGAAGGUUCACAGUAACUACCUAGGCCCUGCUGUCUUCAAGGACAUGAUUCAUCUGUUGAUGUCCUCAUGCACAUCACGACAGCAGAGCAGGGAUGAGUGAUUGUUGUGGGAGUAGGUCAUUCUUCUGACCUACUCUGACCCUGUGACAGUCAGAUACACAGAAUGCUCCAACUGUUGCCAGCAGAACAUGAGCCAUCUCUUCGUGGAGUGACAACUAUGCAAGACAGGACAGUUAAGGGUGUUUACUGACAGUCAUCAUAUUCAGACCUAGGUAGGCAUUGACGAGAUGUUUUUAAAGUCAUGUCCUGAGGUUGUUUAUUUGUAUCUGUGUGACCAGUGUACCAUGCCAGUGGUUUGUAGUUAUUACAUUGGUUUCCUUAGGAACAGUGGUAUAUGACCACAAGCAUUGGCAUCCUUAAUGCCAACCACACUGGCUCCCAUUGGCAGUGAACAGGAAGUCCUUGACCGCUGUGGUGUGCAUAGGAGAUGACCAUCUAAAUAUGCAUGUUAUAGGUAGUGGUUAAAGUAUUAUUUGAUCUAUGUUCAAAGUGGGAUGAAAGGCAAGUAUUCUUUGGGCAGCCAGCUUUAACCCCUGGCCCCUCAUAGAGGCCAACGUCCCCUCCGGGAUUUCCCAUCGGAUGUCAUCCCCAGCCAUGGUGUUGUAACGUGGUUUUGGAUUUAGGAAUUCCCCUCCGUAACCCCAUAAGAAUGAUUGUCAUUAAUGUGUCACCACAGGUGAAGUAUUCUACAUGGCCCAGUAAUUGUGAUAAACUGUAUAAGGUAUCAGCGCAGUGUCCCAGGUUCAAAUACUCUAAUGUAGCCUACGUCGCUUUGGGUGAAGACAAUGUCAUGAACGCAAAAUUAAUAUAUUAUGUUGAUGUGUUGAUUAUUGAUCAAACCAUAAUCGUAUGAGGCGACAGGUGGGUUGUGUCACAUAACCAACUCAAUUGCAACACUGCAACGGGCAGCCGAUUAUAUCACAUCCGAAAUAUUUAUUCGCCAUCCGGCUUCAAGUUCAAAAAUUACAUUUUGGUAUACCGUCAGUGCCCCUCUCCUCUAGCCUACUGAGCGCGCUGGCAAAGCACUAGUGCGAUGUGUAGCGCACCUGUGGGGUUGCUGAACGUUGUGGGGAACAUAAGCCCUAACAUUUUCUCAUUUGGUUUACAGUCGUGGCCUGUCUGGAGUUUUGUGCAAGUAGUCGAAUUACAUAUUUAUAUACGAGUUGCAGACCCAUGAACUAUUGACGAGGAGGCCCCGUGGUAGGCUAUAGGCCACCAAUUUUGCACCAUGGCAUUUUAGGAGUAAGGCUACGUCUAAAGUGAAAGUAAAAUAGGGCUUUGAAACCAUAUCCGUGACAUCACUGCCUUCUGCGCACCCUUCUACUACAGUCCCGCAUUCGAGGACAGGCAAGUAUAGGCUACAAGAUUACAAAAGAUCAGUUCUUCGAUAGAGAAACAUCAGCUUUGCGUCGGUCUUGCCAGCUUGCAUUAAUUGUGCAUUGUCACGUGGAUUUCUCUUAUUGAUAGUGCGAUUUAAUUGUGUGUUGCCGUACCGGAUUAUUUAUACAGGAUACAGGUCGCGUGGGACAUAGACUGUGCCUAACUGAAACUUUAGGCUAUGUCUGUGGGUGUGUGCGCAAUGGCCAUGUGUUUUGCGCUACCAUGCUAGGAGAAAGGAGACACUUUCCGGCCAGUCAUCAAACAGCUCUACGGACAUUACGACCCUCGAUGGAGCUACAGUAAUCCUAUCCAGAAUAAUAAAGGAUUAGAAGAAAGGUGUAAAUUGAAGAGGAUAAGAGGAAUAUUUAUCUGGGAGACACAGGUCAAAGAGAGAGACCUACUUCCUGCUAGCAGCCUGUGUGUUCUCAUAUCAAGUGACAGUUCCUGUGAUCAACCAGAGGCCAGAGCACACGAUGAUGGUACAGACGUCCCCCUGUGCCCUCCUCUUCUGGGGGCUGUUAGGGUGUGUGUGGGUACUGCCAGUCCUGAUUGCCCCGUCGUCACCAACGCUGUGCACCUCACUGAGGACUCUGAAUACCAACCUCACACAACGGCGGCGCUACAUGAAACAUAAUUUUCCAAUCAAUUAUACUAUCCGGGUUCAUUAUGAGGAGGUCUUCAAACCUCGCAAUAUCACUCGACUGAAGUCCCAAGUAGAAGGGUUAGAGGCCCAAGACCUCCAGGAGGUGUGGCUGUUGGUGAACAAGGAAGUUCUCAAGCACAUUCUCCGUGUCCUCCCUGAGCGUCACCCGUCGUAUCGCUACACGUUUAGCCUGCAAGACCUUUUCCUGAAGGUGCAGCAGGUGUUGCCCUCCCCUGAUGAGUGGGAGCCACCGGAACGUAUCCAGGAGAUAUGUGACAGGGUAAAGGACCCUGACUAUCCUGGCUGGACAUUCGUCACACCUAAGUCUCUGCUGGACAACUUUUACCGCACCAUGCGCUGCCUGUUCUCCGACUGCUUCUCCAUCCAGUACCCUGAGGAACCGAACUAUUGUAAUGUUUCUCAUUUGCUAAGGCACAAGAGCGAGCACCAGACCUAAGGGGGGUGCUGUUACACUGUUCCUCGUCUCCAGUGCCUAUGGUUCCCUCUGGUGAUCGCGUAAAAGGCUCAUAACCGUUACCUCCACUUCACAAUCAACCAGUACGCAGCAUCAUGUUCACCAUCAUCUUUGUCCUCCUCACCAUUAUUCCUCGUGUUGAUGUUCCCCGCACCUCUCCAGAGACAAAGCGUAUUGUAGUGUAUUUUCAAGGUGAAUUUUUUUAUCAGCUAUUUACUGCAGUUGGCUAUAUGGUUAACAAGAGACAAUUCAUUAUUACUUGCAGUCCUUUUUUUUGGGGUCAACCAAUAGUGUUUGCUAUUCAGGGAACAAUUGUUUUUCAUCGCUAAUCUUGAUCAAAGCAAUGCAAACUUUAUAGAAGUAAGCUUGUUUCUGUUUUAAAUGUGUACAUAUUUUGAUGAAGCAGCAAUGUGAUCAUGUGUUUUGACUCUUUGUUUUUAGAGCUUACAUACAUAUGUUGCACUGACUUGCUGGAUAAGUUAGUGAAUGAAUGCCAAAACCGAUUCCUUCUUUUCAUUAUAUAACCCUUGCACUAUGACACAGGGAUAGGAGAGAGUUUAGCUUGAGCUCCAUCACCCCUAAAGGUCGAGGAUCUGAGAGAUACUACACCUUGCCAGUAGUAGUAGAGUUGGAUUGUUGCUUAACAUAAAAUGGAAUAUGUUUUUAUACGUGAGAUUUAGAUUGUUAUAAUAUUGACGUUAUUUAUUUAGGCUUAUUAUGUAUUAUGCUUAUUGUAUAUGACAACCUUCUAAAAAGCGUGUUACUGCUCACCAAUUGUGUUCAUGCUUACAGUUACUGUCUGACAUUAUUGAACAUCUUAACCAUGAUCCUAUGAGCAUGAA